AGACUAAAAGGCGUAUAAAUCCGCUAUUUGAGUUUUCAAGUGCGUCAUUUCAGAUAUCAUGGCGGCUUCACUUGCGAAGAAAUGCGCGUCACCGGCAAUUCUCAAAACUCUUUCAGCUCCUCAACUGAGGAUGCAAUGCGAGUAUCACAAAAAGGUUGUGGAUCACUAUGAGAACCCAAGAAAUGUGGGGUCAUUGGAUAAAAAUGCCAAGAAUGUGGGCACAGGUUUGGUUGGUGCCCCUGCUUGUGGAGAUGUGAUGAAACUGCAGAUCGAGGUGGAUGAGGCUGGGAAGAUUGUAGAUGCCAAGUUUAAAACCUUCGGCUGUGGCUCUGCUAUUGCUUCAAGUUCCUUAGCCACUGAGUGGGUGAAAGGCAAAUAUAUUGAUGAAGCCCUUAAGAUAAAAAACACUGAGAUUGCUAAGGAGCUAAGCCUGCCACCAGUCAAACUGCACUGCUCAAUGUUGGCUGAGGAUGCCAUUAAAGCAGCUUUGGCAGACUACCGUCUGAAACAGGAAGUUGAACUGGGUCAGAAGACCGCCAUGGCCCGCAACUAGGAGGCGCACUUGAUCCUCUAAAUCAGUGGUUCUCAACUGGUGUGCUUCACGACCAAAAGGGGUUUCAGGUCUGUUCUGAUUGGGUCGUGGGGAGCAGGAAAAUAACAGUGCUAAAUUCCAGUAUUAAAAUCCAACUAAACGUAUAAACAUGCAAAGUUAAAAUAAGCCAAAAAAAAAAGGCUUAAUGUCUUGGAAGAGAACAAUGCAUUUAUUUUCUUCCGCUGUGCGAUGUUAUUGAUUUUGCAUACUGUUGAGUCUGCACAGUUCAUGGCAAUUGUAAUGAAUCUCAGCAAUUGAGGUUGGAUCACCAUUUGAUAUCCAUUGUAAAAUCGGGGUCUUGAAACAAAACCAGUUGAGAAUCAGUGCUCUUUAUCCUCCCUUUGAGUUUAGACAAAGCUCUCUUCAACUCUUGCACUGUAGCCAGUCUUUUAAACGCACAAUGUAAAAGUACUGACCCACACUGUUACAGUCGAAGCCAUAUUUGUUAUAGAUAUGUUGAUGUAAUGAAAAAGAGUGUCCGUGAUUUCACUUGCUAGCUGAACACGCACAAAUUAUCUUAUUCUAUUUUAGUUUGAAAGAACGAAGAUGUGAUUUAUGAUGGUGAUUUAUGCUGCUGGGCUUUCAUUUGAUGGCCUUUCAAACAUCAGUAUUUUAAAUAAAGCAUGUGUAAACCUCAA